AUGAAAGCUUUUCAUUUUGAUGAAAAGAUCCUGCUGAAGAAGGCAAGGAGAGAGGAGAGGAGACAAGGAGAGAGGAGAGGUGACAAGGAGAGAGGAGGAGACAAGGAGAGAGGAGAGGUGACAAGGAGAGAGGAGGAGACAAGGAGAGAGGAGGAGACAAGGAGAGGAGGAGACAAGGAGAGAGGAGAGAAAACAAGGAGAGUCAACAAGGAGGAGACAAGGAGAGAGGAGAGAAAACAAGGAGAGAGGAGAGGUGACAAGGAGAGAGGAGGAGACAAGGAGAGAGGAGGAGACAAGGAGAGAGGAGGAGACAAGGAGAGAGGAGGAGACAAGGAGAGGAGAGGUGACAAGGAGAGAGGAGGAGACAAGGAGAGAGGAGGAGACAAGGAGAGAGGAGGAGACAAGGAGAGAGGAGAGGUGACAAGGAGAGGAGAGGAGACAAGGAGAGGAGAGGAGACAAGGAGAGAGGAGAGGUGA